AAAAGUUUUAUUCGAAAACAGGAUUUAACUCAGCACAUGAGAAUUCACACUGGUGAAAAGCUGUUUUCAUGUGUGAAUUGUGGAAAAAGUUUUAGUCGAAAACAGGAUUUAACUAAGCACAUGAUGAUUCACACAGGUGAAAAGCCGUUUUCAUGCGUGACCUGUGGAAAGGGUUUUCGUCAAAAACAGGAAUUAACUCGUCACAUGAUUAUUCACACAGGUGAAAAGCCGUUUUCAUGUGUGACCUGUGGAAAAAGUUUUAUUCGAAAACAGGAUUUAACUCAGCACAUGAUGAUUCACACUGGUGAAAAGCCGUUUUCAUGUGUGACCUGUGGAAAAAGUUUUAUUCGAAAACAGGAUUUAACUCAGCACAUGAUGAUUCACACAGGUGAAAAUCCGUUUUUAUGCGUGACCUGUGGAAAAAGUUUUGGUUAUAAACAUGUUUUAACUCAGCACAUGAUGAUUCACACAGGUAAAAAGCCGUUUUCAUGCGUGACCUGUGGAAAAAGUUUUAUUCGAAAACAGGAUUUAACUCGUCACAUGAUGAUUCACACAGGUGAAAAGCCGUUUUCAUGCGUGACCUGUGGAAAGGGUUUUCGUCAAAAACAGGAAUUAACUCGUCACAUGAUUAUUCACACUGGUGAAAAGCCGUUUUCAUGUGUGACCUGUGGAAAAAGUUUAGAGUGA